GAGAGCGUCUGUCAUGACGUGUGCGUCAUCCUGCAGACUGCCUUGCCGCCAUUUUUGUUGGGGGCGGAUAAACUGUAAGAGAAGGUCUUUCACCGUUGCUCCGCUUAUUCGGCAUUCCUCCACGUUCACAAGCAAUGCCGAAAAGUAUGCGAAAGAAUCAGAGCCAAGAAAUGAGCUUUUCGCCAAAGAUUUUGAGCGUGUCACUUCGAUGACGUCACGGUCGGCGCCCCCGCCAUCUUAAUCAUGGGCAGCGAGGCGGCAACUUUGGAAGUGUGGCAUGGGUGCGGCUGUCUUAAGGCGGAGACCCUGCGGGCGUGGACUCUUGCUGAGCCUGGCCGUAGGGGUCGUGGCCAUGAUAACAUCGUGGCUGCUGGGCUGGUGUUCUUCAGCGGGCUUUCGCCUUUUCAUACCCGAGGAGCUGUCCCGCUACCGCGGCGGCCCAGGGGACCCGGGCCUCUACUUGGCAUUGCUGGGCCGUGUCUACGACGUGUCCUCUGGCCGGAGGCACUACGAACCUGGAGCCCACUAUAGCGGCUUCGCAGGCCGAGACGCAUCCAGAGCAUUUGUGACCGGAGACUAUUCUGAAGCAGGCCUGGUAGAUGAUGUAGCUGAUUUGUCCUCCUCUGAGAUGCUGACUCUUCAAAACUGGCUUUCAUUUUAUGAGAAGAAUUACGCAUGUGUUGGAAGAGUGAUAGGAAGGUUCUACAGAGAAGAUGGGCUGCCCACCCCAGAGCUGACCCGGGUAGAAGCCGUGAUGGCCAAAGGCUUGGAGGCUAAUAAACAGGCCCAGCAAGAGAAGCAGAAGUUCCCACCCUGCAAUGCUGAGUGGAGUGCCACCAAGGGCAGCCGGUUCUGGUGUUCCCAGAAGAGUGGAGGUGUGAGCAGAGACUGGAUUGGCGUCCCCAGGAAGCUGUAUAAGCCUGGGUCCCAAGAGCCCCACUGCGUGUGUGUGAGAACAACUGGCCCCCCAAGUGACCAGACUCUGGACCACCCCACACACAGAAAUCGUGGGGACCUGGAUGACCCCAGCUUGGGAGAAUACCCAGGCUGCCCCCCUCUGGCUAUCACAUGUUCUUUCCCUCUCUAAGUUGGUGCCCUAUGCACUGGUAACAUACAGAACCCUGUAUGGAACUCUGUAGGCCCUAAUACUCAUGUGCCAUAGGGUGUCUCCUGGCAUGAAACAGACUUCAGGACUCUAGCCACACCCUGCAAAUGUACCUCACCAUGGGUUGCUCAUUCUGCUGAGGCAAAAGCUGGGCAGCCUACCAGGUACUCACCAGCCUGUUUUGACAUUGUUCCCCUAUGGCCACUUACAUCUUCCUUCUGCACCCUCAGGUAUUAAUAGGUAAAAAUACUACCUUCUCAGAAAUCAGUAGGCAAUGAGGAAAAGUCUCUGAGCUCUAGCUGCUUCCUUCCUAGGCCUGGACCAGCUGCUAGUCUGAGCCCUGCCCAAAAUCCCAGCCCUGUCAGGGUAUCUGGAGCAGUGGCAGAAAGGAUCUGCAUCUCUCAGCAGAGAAAGACACAAGAAGCUGUGCAUAUUAACAGCAUAAGGUAACUUUGUCCCCAAGUCCCCACUAAGCUUGUGAUACCUGACUUUUACAACUUUUUUUUUCUAAGACCUCUACCCUAAGGCAAACUUGAGUUCCUAUCCAGUGCCAGUGAGUUGAUUACAGUUGGCCAAAACUGUGAGUGGUGAUAAUAAAAUGAGACAGGCUCAUUCUGGAAAUGGAAAGAUUUUAUACCUGUGGAUCUUGCUAAGUUCCUUAGGUUGGCCUUGAACUUGGGAUCCCCCUGCCUAAACCUCCCAAAUAGCUGGAAUUCCUGGCAUGCAGUAUUACACCAGCAAAUGUUUGUUGUUGUUUGUUUGUUUCAUUUUUUUGAGACAAGGUUUCACUAUGUAGUUCAGGCUGAU